CUCUGCAGCCACAGCUCCCGAGCCGGCGGCCAGUGCAGGAUCCCGCCAGAUCACCCCGCGCAGCCUCCGACUCCGGCCGCUGCCUGCCGGGCGCACCGCCCUCCCCGCGCCUCGCCGGGGCUCUGCGCCCUCGCCGCCGCUCCGCUCCGCUGCGCCGUGUGCACACAGGCUCCCUGCUGGGCACAAACAGCUCCACCAUGGGGCUGGCCUGGGGACUCAGUGUCCUGUUCCUGUUGCAUGUGUGUGUCUCCAAUCGAAUUCCAGAGUCUGGAGGAGACAGCAGCGUAUUCGACCUCUUUGAACUCAUGGGGGCUGCCCGCAAGGGCUCUGGGCGCCGACUGGUAAAGGGCCCCGACCCUUCCAGCCCAGCUUUCCGCAUUGAGGAUGCCAACCUGAUUCCCCCUAUGCCUGAUGACAAGUUCCAAGACCUGGUGGAUGCUGUGCGAGCAGAGAAAGGUUUCCUCCUCUUGGCCUCCCUGAGGCAGAUGAAGAAGACCCGGGGCACGCUGCUGGCCGUGGAGCGGAAAGACCACUCUGGCCAAGUGUUCAGCGUGGUCUCCAACGGCAAGGCUGGCACCCUGGACCUGAGCCUGACCGUGCAGGGGAAGCAGCAUGUGGUGUCUGUGGAAGAAGCGCUCCUGGCAACCAGCCAGUGGAAGAGCAUCACCCUGUUUGUGCAGGAGGACAGGGCCCAGCUGUACAUUGACUGUGAGAAGAUGGAGAACGCCGAGCUGGACGUCCCCAUCCAGAGCAUCUUCACCAGGGACCUGGCCAACACUGCCAGACUGCGCAUCGCCAAAGGAGGUGUCAAUGACAACUUCCAGGGGGUGCUGCAGAACGUGAGAUUUGUCUUUGGAACCACACCAGAGGACAUCCUCAGGAACAAAGGCUGUUCCAGCUCUACCAAUGUCCUCCUCACCCUUGACAAUAAUGUGGUGAAUGGUUCCAGCCCUGCCAUCCGCACCAACUAUAUUGGCCACAAGACAAAGGAUCUGCAAGCCAUCUGUGGCCUCUCCUGUGACGAGCUGUCCAGCAUGGUCCUGGAGCUGAGGGGCCUGCGCACCAUCGUGACCACACUUCAGGACAGCAUCCGCAAAGUGACUGAAGAGAACAAAGAGCUGGUCAAUGAGCUGAGGCGGCCCCCCCUCUGCUACCACAAUGGAGUUCAGUACAGGAAUAAGGAGGAAUGGACUGUCGAUAGCUGUACUGAGUGCCGCUGUCAGAACUCAGUUACCAUCUGCAAAAAAGUGUCCUGCCCCAUCAUGCCUUGCUCCAAUGGGUGUCAAGGGCUACCUCUUACGACGGGUGCCACAACCGCAUUCAUCCUAAACCUGUGUAACCAUCCUUCAGUGACUGUUUCUCUAAACACAGGACAGCUGAGCAGAGAAAUUGAUUGCUUUUCACACUCUGACAAGGGAAGAAAGUCCUGCACAGAGCAGUCUAAAAAUGUUCAUACACUAAAUGAGCCUGCUCCUUCUGCAGCCAGCGACUCUGCGGACGAUGGCUGGUCCCCAUGGUCUGAGUGGACCUCCUGCUCUGUGACGUGUGGCAAUGGAAUCCAGCAGCGUGGCCGCUCCUGCGAUAGCCUCAACAACCGAUGCGAGGGCUCCUCUGUCCAGACACGGACCUGCCACAUUCAGGAGUGUGAUAAGAGAUUUAAACAGGAUGGAGGCUGGAGCCACUGGUCCCCAUGGUCAUCCUGCUCUGUGACAUGUGGUGAAGGGGCAAUCACAAGGAUCCGGCUCUGCAACUCGCCCAGCCCCCAGAUGAAUGGGAAGCCAUGCGAAGGCGAAGCUCGGGAGACCAAAGCCUGCAAGAAGGAUGCCUGCCCCAUCAACGGUGGCUGGGGUCCCUGGUCGCUGUGGGACAUCUGUUCUGUCACCUGUGGAGGAGGGGUGCAGAAGCGCAGCCGGCUCUGCAACAAUCCCCCACCCCAGUUUGGAGGCAAGGACUGCGUGGGCGACAUGGCAGAAAACCAGAUGUGCAAUGAGCAGGACUGUCCGAUCGACGGAUGCCUGUCCAAUCCUUGCUUCGCCGGUGCCAAGUGUACUAGCUACCCAGAUGGCAGCUGGAAAUGCGGUGCCUGUCCUCCUGGCUACAGCGGAAAUGGCGUCCAGUGCAAAGAUGUCAAUGAGUGCAGAGAAGUGCCUGAUGCCUGCUUCAACCACAAUGGCGAGCACAGAUGCGAGAACACAGACCCCGGCUACAACUGCCUGCCAUGCCCACCCCGCUUCACUGGUCCGCAGCCCUUUGGCCGGGGUGCGGAACAUGCCAGAGCCAACAAACAGGUGUGCAAGCCCCGCAACCCCUGCACGGAUGGGACUCAUGACUGCAACAAGAACGCCAAGUGCAACUACCUGGGCCAUUACAGCGACCCCAUGUACCGCUGCGAGUGCCGGCCCGGCUAUGCUGGCAAUGGCAUCAUCUGCGGGGAGGACACAGACCUGGACGGCUGGCCCAACGAGGACCUGGUGUGCGUGGCCAAUGCAACUUACCACUGCAAGAAGGAUAACUGCCCCAACCUUCCCAACUCAGGACAGGAAGACUAUGACAAGGAUGGAAUUGGCGAUGCCUGUGAUGACGAUGACGACAAUGAUAAAAUCCCAGAUGACCGGGACAACUGUCCCUUCCAUUACAACCCAGCCCAGUAUGACUAUGACAGAGAUGAUGUGGGAGACCGCUGUGACAACUGUCCCUAUAACCACAACCCAGACCAGGCUGACACAGACAACAAUGGGGAAGGAGAUGCCUGUGCUGCUGACAUCGAUGGGGACGGUAUCCUCAAUGAACGAGACAACUGCCAGUAUGUCUACAAUGUGGACCAGAAGGACACUGACAUGGAUGGGGUUGGAGACCAGUGUGACAACUGCCCCCUGGAACACAACCCAGAUCAGCUCGACUCUGACUCCGACCGCAUCGGAGACACCUGUGACAACAAUCAGGAUAUUGAUGAAGAUGGCCACCAGAACAACCUGGACAACUGCCCCUAUGUGCCCAACGCCAACCAGGCCGACCAUGACAAGGAUGGCAAGGGGGAUGCCUGUGACCACGACGAUGACAACGACGGCGUUCCUGAUGACAGGGACAACUGCAGGCUCGUGCCCAAUCCCGACCAGAAGGACUCUGACGGUGAUGGUCGAGGUGAUGCUUGCAAAGACGAUUUUGACCAUGACAACGUGCCAGACAUCGAUGACAUCUGUCCUGAGAACAUUGAUAUCAGUGAGACUGAUUUCCGCCGAUUCCAGAUGAUUCCCCUAGAUCCCAAAGGGACAUCCCAGAAUGAUCCUAACUGGGUUGUACGCCAUCAGGGUAAAGAACUCGUCCAGACUGUCAAUUGUGAUCCUGGACUUGCUAUAGGUUUUGAUGAAUUUAAUGCUGUGGACUUCAGUGGCACCUUCUUCAUCAACACUGAGAGGGAUGAUGACUAUGCUGGAUUUGUGUUUGGCUACCAGUCCAGCAGCCGAUUCUAUGUUGUGAUGUGGAAGCAAGUCACCCAGUCCUACUGGGACACCAACCCCACGAGGGCUCAGGGUUACUCAGGCCUGUCUGUGAAGGUUGUGAACUCCACCACAGGGCCAGGCGAGCACCUGCGCAAUGCCCUGUGGCACACAGGAAACACCCCCGGCCAGGUGCGCACUCUGUGGCAUGACCCUCGUUACAUAGGCUGGAAAGAUUUCACUGCCUAUAGAUGGCGUCUCAGCCACAGGCCCAAGACAGGUUUCAUUAGAGUGGUGAUGUAUGAAGGGAAAAAAAUCAUGGCUGACUCAGGACCCAUCUAUGACAAAACCUACGCCGGCGGUAGACUAGGGAUGUUUGUCUUCUCUCAAGAAAUGGUGUUCUUCUCUGACCUGAAAUAUGAAUGCAGAGAUUCCUAAUGAAACUGUUGAUCAAAAGACAGAUCAUAACCAGUGCUGGUAUUCACCUUCUGGAGCCACGGGCUUAAGAAAACCCCCAGGACCACUCCUGCCUGCCUGCCUUUUUUCUCUGCUUGCAUCAGUGUGGACUCCUAGGACAUGUGACUUGCCUCAAGAAAAUGCAAUUUUCCAAACCAGACUCAGCAUUGCAGCAUUUCCAGAGGCUGGAAAGAGAAUCUUCUGCAAAUAUAAACAGUUACAUUGGUUUGCUUUUGGAAAUGCAAAAGCAACCACUUGCUUCAGUUGGAAGGUGCCUGUUCCACUUGGCUUUUGUCAGAGCACGGUGCUACUGUGAGACCACCUCUGAGCAGUGGACUCAGAAGCAUUUUCAGGCGUGCAAGAGAAGGGAGGACGCACUAGAAUUGGCAAACCAAACCACCCCGACACACUCCCUUGGGAAUAAGGGGAGCAGGGACCAAAGCCCUAAGGGGAGGGUGCAUACCCACGGGAAUAAAGGACUUGUAUGAAGAAAAUGUGGAGGAACUGUUACAUGUUCGGUACUAAAUCAUUUUCAGGGGAUUGAAUGACUAUUGCUGGAUUUCAUGAUGCUGACAGGUGUUAGCUGAUUUAACCCACGUAAAUUGGCACUUAAACAGAAGCAGGGAAGGGAGGGGAAGACUGGCUUCUGGACUUCCCUCUGGAUCCCUAGCCCUUACACAUCACCUGUAGUGACCAGAGUAAGUAGUCAAACUUAAACCAGUGUGAGGCAGUGCUUGCUGCCACUGCCUGAUUACAUGGACACGGUUGGUUUUAUUCCAGAUGUAGCUUGUGCAGAUGUAGCAGAAAAUAAGAAAAUCUACCAUCUCAGUGAGCACCAGGCUGCCUCCCAAAGGAGGAGCAGCUGUGCUUGUAUUUUUAUGGUUAGAAAGGCACAAAAUUCUCAACUAAAACAUUCCUUUUCUCUAUUUUUCCUGAAUAUCAUAGAGUGUUCCAAUUCCUUCUUUGUAGCCUUGUUUUUUUUACACUUUACAAUGUAAAAUAUUUAUUUUUACUUACUUAGAAGAUCUGUCUGAAAGACUAUUCAUGGAACAGGAAGAAGCAUAAGGGCUGUCCAUGUCAUCUUUGUUACAAGUCUUCAUGACUGUAAGGUUGUAAAUACAGAUUAUUUAUUAACUCUGUCCUACCUGGAAUCUAGGCUUCAUAUGGAAAAUGUUUGAUAGCAGGUAGUGGGGAUUUCUCAGCAAAUCUCUCACAAGAAUGGCACAAGGAAAAUCAGCAGGGCAAGCUGCUCCUCACUCUGUGCUUAGAAUGAAUGAUUCGGGAAUUUUUUUUCUUUGUUUUAGCUUUUCAAGUGGAAUUAGUGGUAUGUCCAUGUACAGGUGUUUUUACAUUGCAGAGAAAUCCAUGAGGCCUUUAAUACUGUUUUACUCUAUUCCUUGUGCCUAAUUCCAGGGAGAAGAAAAACCUACACUUUUUUCAUUUUUCCCAAAGAGAAAAAAAUAUAAAGGUGAAACUUAUAUACAAACAUUACCUCAUUUGUUGUGUGACUGAGUAAAGAAUUUUUGGAUCAAGCAGAAAGAGUUUAAGCGUCUAACAAACUUAAAGCUACUGUAGUACCAAAAAAAAAGUCAAUGUUGUACAUAGUAUAAAAAUUCUUUGCAGAAAAGUAUUCCCAAUAAGGAAAUAGCAUUGAAAUGUUAAAUACAUUUUCUGAAAAUUGUUUUUUCUAUCAUCUUGUGAUACCAUUGCUUUAUUUUUAUAAAUUAUUUUCUCAUUGCCAUUGGAAUAGAUAUCUCAGAUUGUGUAGAUAUUCUAUUUAAAUAAUUUAUCAGGAAAUACUGCCUGUAGAGUUAGUAUUUCUAUUUUUAUAAAAUGUUUGCACACUGAAUUGAAGAACUGUUGGGGUUUUGUUUUGUUUUUUUGAUUUGUUUUUUGCUUGUUACCCCCCCCAAGUUUUUACUAUUUGCCAAUACCUUUUUUCUAGGAAUGUGCUUUUUUUGUACACAUUUUUAUCCAUUUUACAUUCUAAAGCAGUUUAAGUUGUAUAUUACUGUUUCUUAUGUACAAGGAACAACAAUAAAUAAUACAGAAAUUUAUUUAUA